CGAGCAGCAGCCCGAAGCCAAGUCCUACACCGCAACAACGCCUCCUGCCUUUCUGUCCCCGUCUCUCUUCUAUCUCCAUGUAAAGUUGUGAGCCGUCGACGAAGAAACAAGGGGCGGCGGAAGAGAAGAAGAAAGCUCGCGCGUGUCGCCGGCCUCGUGCGCCGUCGGUCGCACGAGAGGAUUGCUUGUUGUGUACACGCCAAGGUGCCGGAGGGACAGAGGAGGAGAAGAUGGGCUCCGGCGAGGGGAAGCAGGGGAAGGGGCUGGUGAAGGGCUGGGCGCAGAGGUACCUCAACCUCGGCUUCGUCGCCGGCUUCCUCAUCGUGCUCCUCACCUACAUCGUCGUCACCCAGCAGUUCGCCAUCACCUCCCCCGACGCUGCCCCCACGAUGACGCCGCACCGGAAGCAUGCGAUCAGCGCCCCCGGCGCCGGCGAGACAGGGACGCCGGAGGCUCGAGAAGAGGAGAAGGCGGAGACGAAACCUGUCGACGCUUCUUCCGGUGAUGAAACUCAAAAGGAGCCGGAGCAGCAGCAGCAACAACAACAACAGCAACAGGAUGCGGAGCCGGAAUGGAAGAAGCCGGAAGACACGGUGGCGACGGAGGAAGAGCCCCCCAAAAGAGACGACGCCGCUGCCGAACCGCUCGACAACGGCAAAGUGGUGUGUACCACGGAGGGCCCCUUCUCCGACACGUGCGACGUCUUCGGCGACGUCCGGACCAACGGCACGGCGCACACCGUAACCCUCGUUCCGGCGACCCAGACGGAGAGCCGGGAGUGGAAGAUCCAGCCAUACACCCGCCGCGGCAUGUCCGGCAUCUCGGAGGUCACGGUGACGCAGCUCGACUCAACCUCCGCGGAUUCCCCGGCGCCGGCGUGCACGGUGACGCAUCGCGUCCCGGGCAUCGUGUUUGCGCUCGGCGGCCUCACCGGCAACUACUUCCACGACUUCAGCGACGCGCUGGUGCCGCUGUUCGUGGCGUCGCGGCGGUACGGCGGCGAGGUCCAGCUCCUGGCCAGCAACAUCCAGCCGUGGUGGCUCGGCAAGUACGAGGCCGUGGUGCGGCGGCUGUCCAAGUACGACGUUGUGGACCUCGACCAUGACGAUCAGAUCCGGUGCUUUCCGAGUGUCACCGUCGGGCUACGCAUGCACAAGGAGUUCGACAUCGUGCCGGAGCUUGUCCCCGGCGGCGCCCCACUCUCCAUGGUCGACUUCACCGCCUUCCUCCGCGAGACCUACACCUUACCCCGCGCCGCGCCCAUCAGCUUGAUGAAGGACAUCAGCCCGCCGGAGGACCAGGAGAAGAGGAAACCGCGGUUGAUGCUGCUCCACCGGGGCCACUACCGGAAGUUCGUGAACGUGCCUGAGAUCGUGAAGGCGGCGGAGAAGGCCGGGUUUGAGGUGUCCAUAGCCGACCCGCGGUUCGACGUUAAGGUGGAGGAGCUGGCCCGGUCGGUGAACUCGUUCGACGUGCUGCUGGGCGUGCACGGCGCCGGCCUGACCAACGCCGUGUUCAUGCCCACGGGGGCGGUGGUCAUCCAGGUGGUGCCGUACGGGAACCUAGAGCACAUGGCGAAGGUGGACUUCGGCGACCCCGUGGCGGACAUGGGGCUCCGGUACCUCGAGUACAGCAUCACGGCGGAGGAGAGCACGCUGCUGGAGAUGCUGGGGCCGGACCACCCCGUGAUCAAGGACCCCGAGUCGGUGCACCGGAGCGGCUGGGACAAGGUCGCCGAGUACUAUCUCGGAAAGCAGGACGUGCGCGUCGACGUGGAGCGCUUCGCGCCCACGCUCGCGCUGGCCAUCGAACAUCUCCGGCAGAAGUAGGAACUGCAUCGGCCACAGAGAAUUUUUUCUUUUUGGUUGGUACAUGAAUUAGGGGCAUUUUACGGCCUCUGAAUUUGGUGGAGCAUACAUACAUAGAAGAAGCGUUGGUAUAUUGGUUGAUUUAUUUACCAUGAGUAAAGAGAAAGUUAAAGCUGUUUCAGUGCAA